AUGCUCUCGUUUGUCCCCGUCUCACUUGUAGCGACUGCCACUCUCUUCUCUGCUGCGCAGGGAAUUGAAAUCCUGAAGCCCGCCGACGGCGACACCGUCGACGCAGGCAACGGCUUCGACGUUGUCUGGCUCUACACCUCCGCCGAUCCCAGCGACUGGGAGAUUUUGCUCGCCAACCCAGCUCCUACAAAGCUGCUCGCUACCGAUGUGAUCGUGUCCCCUAUUUCGGGUACCGCCACCUCAACGGCCACCCACCACAUCCCUUCGGUCACUGGCAUCCCAGAUGGAAACUACCGCGUUAUCAUGGACCCCCGGAAUAAAGGCAUUGGCGCAUUCCCCGGGUCUGGUGAAUUCACUAUCGUGAAUGGUGGUGCUGGAUCUACCACCACCACCGGUGCCACUACUGGAACGACGACAUCUACAGGAAUUGCUCCUUCCACUCCAACUCCCAAAUCUACAGGAUCUACAACCUCCGUAACCAGCAUCCCAACCGGCGCCACCGUUAGCUCAUCCGUUUCCGUCCCAACCGGAUCUAACAGUAUCAUUACCACCUCCACCAGUUUCUCAACCUUCACCUCUGGAUCUGUGACUUCAUUGAUCCCUGAAUCGACCAUUGUCAAGACCAUAGUUGUCCCCGCUAGCGACGCCGCGAGGACCAGCACUGGAUCGGGUACUUCGUCACCUACUAUUGGGCUUGCCGCUGGUAGUAGCACUAUUUCGUCGGUUGGAUUGUUGGGUAGUGUUGUUAGUGCUAUUUUGGGUAUUUUCAUUCUUUAA